AUGCUGCGUCGUGUGGCAGUCAUGUGGGAAGACUCCAAUCGCCGACCAAGAAUAAGAGAAGAAAUCCUAAAUAUUGCAAAAAGUGCAUACUACUGGGAAAGAUGGUAUAUUAUCACCGCCGUAGUAGCUUGUCUGGCUUAUGCCGUGCGACCAUACGCUUUUCUCUUGCGUCAUCAUUUGUACGAAAAGCACCAGAAUGUUUCAUACGAUUAUUCUCUAACGGUGUAUCCAGGGAAGUAUUUCUGGUCAACGGAUACCUUGGGCAAAUACAUAUUGUGUAUAAGUUGGGAGCAAACUAUCGUUACUUUUGUCGGCUUGUACGCCAUUGCUACAGAUUGCCUGUGCUAUCAGCUUACUGCACAUGCCGGAAUAGAAUUUCGAGUAUUGCAGCACGAUCUGGAACAUUUAGAAAUAUCACGCAACAAUUGGGGAGAGGUCUUCAGAAAUCUUUUUCAUGCUCUUAUUUUGGGUGUUUCGAGCUUCAUGCAUUGCAUGUAUGCUGAUCAAGUAGCAGAGCAGUCGAGUUUAGUUGCUGAAGCAGCAUACAAAAGUCAAUGGAUGCAUCGGAGUAAAGAAUUCAAGAUCAUGUUGAACAUAAUCAUGAUGAGAGCGCAACGGCCUCUCGAUUGCACCAUUUAUGGCUUGAUUUCACCAAAUCUCACCCAAGUUACGCUGCUUAUCAAGCGAUCGGACAUUCUCCUAUGGUUGUAUCAUCACGAUAAUCGGAAAAGAAUGGCAGAAACAAGGGAAUUUACGAGAAACAGAGGAAAUGAACGUCUACAGGAAGAGAUCACGUCUUUCGAAAAAUUACUUGGACGCGACGUCGGAGUUUUAAGGAUUGCUGGAUUGUUUUCAUUGAACAGUGUUUUUAGUGGCAAAGUUGUGAAAUCUACGAUGUGGGAACCCAUACUUUUCACCAUCGGUAUAAUACACAUUUUUUUUGUUGCUUCCUGCGAAUUUGCAACGAUAAUUAGAGUUUGCCGUAUUGAUCCAAAUUACGCGAUAGGCAGUUUCACUGCAAUGUUUUCUGGAAUCCUCUGCGCUGUGAAGGGUCUAAGGAUAUGGUUUUGGCGUGAAGAAUUUCGUAAAUUAUUACGGCUAUUGGCCAUAAUGUGGAACGAAUCGAGUGAUCGAGUCCAAAUCAAUCGAGAAAAUGAAAAAACCGCAACCAACGUGUCUUGUGUGAGCAAACGGUAUAUCUUGAUGGUGUUUGUACUCUGCUCAAGCUACGCUUUGCGUCCGUACAUACUACUCCUGCACUAUCAUUGGUACGAAAAACUAUCGAAUACAUCGUAUGAUUACUCCGUUACGAUAUAUCCGACAACGUAUCCUCUAUAUACAACUGAUACAAUGAGCAAGUAUAUUAUUUGUGUAUCUUGGGAACAAUUUGUCAUAGUUUUCGUCGCACUUUAUUGGAUGGGUUCCGACAUCAUGUUCGCCCAGAUUACCACGCAUACGGCAAUCCAAUUUCGAGUAUUACGUCACGAUUUAAAGUACAUAACGAAAACGCUAGACAGUAAAAACACGAAGAUCGAAGAAGUACUGGUCAAUCGAUUAUCGAACAUUGCAAGACGACAUCACGACCUCUACAGGCACUGCGAAAUGAUUGAGCGAAUUUAUAAUCCAAUAACUUUUUUAACAAUGUUACUCACCGCAGUCAACAUGUGCUUCUGCGUGUUUCGCUUGGAAAAGGAAGUAUCGUUGAAAAAUUGGGAUGAAGUUAUCAAAUAUUUAUUUCACGCCGUUACUUUGAUUGUCCAAGCUAUUAUAUAUUGUGGCUAUGCCGAUAAAUUAACCUAUCAGACGGGUCUGAUUGCUGACGCGGCUUACGAUUGUCAGUGGAUAGAACGUAGUAAAGACUUCAAAAUUCUCUUACACAUAAUAAUGAUGAGAUCUCAAAAAAACUUUAGAUGCACUGCGUAUGGAUUUUUCUCCGUGAAUCUCAAUCAGAUUACCGUGGGUGGUCGGCUGUGGUUUUGGCGAGAAGAACUCCGUAAUCUCUUACGCUUUUUGGCCGUAUUGUGGAACAAAGAAAAUACAAGAGACAGCAUUGAAAAUAUAAAAAUGGCGGAAGCGACGUGUUUAGUGACUAAGAUACACAUCAUGAUGGUGACAAUACUUUGCCUAAGUUACGCCUUACGACCGUAUAUACUCCUGUUAACAUAUCAAAUGUAUGAAAAGAAUCUGAAUGAAUCGUACGAUUAUACAGUUACGGUAUACACGGCACUGUAUCCUUGGUCAACUGGAACCACAAUUAAAUACAUGUUAUGCGUCACAUGGGAACAAUUUGUGCUUUGUGUCGUCGCACUUUAUUGGAUGGCUGCUGACAUCAUUUUCGCCCAGCUCACUACACAUAUGGCAAUACAAUUCCGUGUUCUUUGGAACGAUUUGGAACAUAUCACCAUCUCUGACAACGGCCAAAAGGAAACAAAUGAGAUUAAACUGAGGCAUCAGUUAUCCGCGAUUGCCAAACGACAUUGCGAUUUGUACACCCAUUGCGAAAUGAUCGAGCGCAUUUUCAAUCCGAUCGUUUUCCUUACGUUAUCAUUCACCGCUGCUCAUAUGUGUCUUUGCGCAUUUCAUCUCCAGAAGCAAGUAAUGUAUGGAAACUGGGAAGAAGUUGCCAAGAGUCUAUUCCACACCGUCACCGUCAUAAUACAAGGAUUUAUAUACUGUGGCUACUCCAACAAAUUAUCUCUGCAGUCAAGUAGAAUGGCGGAAGCUGCUUAUAACUGUCCAUGGAUAGACCGUGAAAAAGAAUUCAAGAUUAUGUUGGGCGUUAUUAUGAUGAGAUCGCAAAAGCCAUUCAUUUGCACGGCUUACGGAUUUUUUGAUCUGAACCUUAUGCAGAUGGCCGCGAUUUUCAAAGGAGCUGGGAGCUAUUUCGCACUUCUACAGUCAGUCACGUGA